CACCCACUUGAAAUGCCCCAUCCCUAAAUUACUAAUAAGAAAAUCAAAACAAUACCAUUUUCAAAUUUGGCAAACAUGAAGGAAGAGCAAAGCUCUAUGUCUAUGUUUGCCGAGGAUAUCCUAAGAGAUUACGGCUCCUUCAUAUCGGAGCACGAUGGGAAAUUGAAAUUAUUGCGGGAUAAAGUGCCUAAUUCAGAUGUUUUGGAGCCUGCACCGUGUAUUUCUAUGUCGCCAGUUGUCGAGGUGAACUUUAUGGGCAAUGACUUCAAGGUUCCGGACAGGAGCUUUGAGGAAUCGGAGCUUGUGGCCAAUAAGCCGCUGACAACUCUGGCAAAUCUGUGCAACCAGUGCAAAAAUCUGUCCAGAAAGGCGAAACGGUUUCAGCUGGCAUUCCUCUUCCUCGACUUUCGAUUGGAUGGUUCCCCAACAUCCGAGGGUUCCUCCGGCUUGGAGGGAUCCUUGGUCCGCAUGAGCAGCUCCAUGGACUUCUUUUGCCAGGUCUACUUUUUGCUCAAACGCAUGAUUGUGAUACUCCAAAAUAUUUGGAGACAAAUAGCCGCAUCUGUUAGCGUCCCCAUGGACAUCAAUGAAGUCCACAUAUUCGCUGUCUUUGAUGCUAUGGCUGAGUUACUAGAACACAUAGUAGUAUUCAAUGAACUGGCGAAUCAAUCAAAGAUUUCCACCAUGUGGGCGCUGUACAAGAAGUGGCUAAUACACCUGUCCAAUAGCCAAUCCACAAACUUGGAGCUCAAUGGCCUCAGUUCAUCUCUAGUGGAUAUAGAGAAUCUGAUCACCAAGGAUUUCUUUCGAAUUCUACUGGACAACCUGAUGGAGUUAAAGAAGCAAUUUAGCCUGAACAGUGUUAGCCCCAUCACCCAGCAUUCCAAUGCCUACAUUCGUAAGAAGCUUCUCGACGUCGAUGUGAAUCAGAGCAACGAAUUUAAGAACUACGAGGAUCCCAAGCACAUUGUUCGCCUUACCACCUUCGUGGUGGUGGUCCAUGAGCUGGGGAUCCAGAUGGAGGGAAAACUGGUCAAGAAUGCUGUCGACUUGGUGGCCAGGCAUAAGCAGGUGCCCCUCAAUCGAAGCGUUUUCUGGUCGCCUGCCGGAUUCCUCUUUCUACAUGCCAAAACCCUGCUGAAGUCAUCAGCCCGAUCCCAAGAUGGACUUGCCCCAAAAGUCCAUAGCACAGUUGUGGAGAAGUUUAGGCUUAGCGAUCAGAAGAUGUGUCGCCAGUUGGGCGUUCAAAUAUCGCUGUGGUCCAUCAGAAUGCAGAGGGUAUUCGAUGCCGGAGUCUUUGGGCAUCUCAAGACUUUCAUGCAGUUAAUUCUCAACGGUCACUCCUAUGCCGAUCAAGUUAGCCUGCUGGCUGUCUCGCUGAUCAACCGGAAUGUGGCUCUGAUGACGCCAAUGACCAAGAACGAUUGGUUCGUCGUCGCUCGGUUGCUGCAGUAUCUGAAGGUCAUUCAAAAGAUCUUUGAGUCAAACCAAAUCAAUUUCGUGCGCUUUAUCAGCUCGCUGAUACAGUGGCAGAAACAAAAGAUUAUUCACCUGCUGCACACAACGAAAAAGAAGAUAGUUGACCUCAAGUUGCUGCAGCGCAAGAUGAACUUUUUGGCCACAAUGAAGCUGGCCGAGAGGUCCAUCAUGGGAUUUCCGUGCAAACAACGAUUGACUUUCAUAAAUCUAGCCCUUGGAGAGUUUCUGGAUAAUCGCCUCCUGCCCGCCGACAAUCAAAAGUUGAUCAAAUCGAUCCUGCACCGAGUGAAUAACAUCAGCGACUUUAUGCGGAAUAUCGGAGGACAACUGAACACGUCGGACUCCUCGAGUCUGGUAUAUAAUCACUGGUUCCUGAACACUUCGGUGCUUAAGGAGUACACCGAACUGCAACGCAACCCCUACUCCUUACAGAACCUAGUAUCCAUGAGCCAUCACCUGGACAAGAUCAUGGCUAUGUUCAGGGGUUCAAGGUGUCCCAAGCAAUCAGCGAAUGACUUGAUCAUCGAGUUUUUGAGCAACCACCUGGAGUUCUUUCUGCGGAUGGAGGCCCUUUCGCAUCUCUUCCAGAACCAGGAUCAACCAUUCCAGCAAAGUGCCUUCGACUAUCGCCUCUGCAUCAAUGCAGUUUCAGUUGAAAAUCAAGGAGAUUACCAUAUUAUAAGGGAUCACCUAGAGAACUAUUUCACUGCCACGUUCUACAAUUUAACGACAAUCGCUCCGCACGACUGGAAAUCGUACGAAAAGAUGCGUCAUUUGGCCAACAAGGUGCUGCAGCUGCGUCCCAUCGAUGACCACCUGCCCAACCAGAUAAUUGACCAGGGCAUAGACGUGCUGCAGAUCAUGCGGAAUAUACACACUUUCGCCUCUUCCUAUGCCUACAAUAUGAACCUGCAGGUGUUCGUGGAGACGCACAGCAGGAGCAAGCACCUGGACAUCAUAGGCACCCGGCACGUGGCCAACUCGGUGCAGACGCACGGCACCGGUAUUAUCAACACCACCGUCAACUUCAUAUACCAGUUCCUGCGCCAGAAGUUUUACACCUUCUCCACCUUCCUCCACGACGAGCAGAUCAAGUCGCGACUGCUCAAGGAGCUGCGCUUUCACUCGGAGCAAAAGUACAGCAAGGCCUACCAGUCGUAUCCCUAUGAGCGCGCCGAGAGCUUUCUUAAGAAGAUCAGAAGGCUGGGCUGCUCCAGCAAUGGCGAAACUUAUAUGGAUCUGUUCAGGAAGGUAAUCACACAAGUCGGUAAUGCUGUGGGCUAUGUGCGCCUUCUGCAGGCGGGCAGCAAGCAUGCCAACUUCCGGAAUCGCUCGUAUAAGACCAGAUUCGACAGCAACUUUAGUUGCGGAGGCUCCAAAGUGCGCGCUGCCACGGAGGGCUCCAUUAAGGAAUACGAGAAGAGCCUGGGUCACAUGAAGGAAUGCUACUCGGAUAGCACAAAUUACUUCAAGCUUCUUUUGCAAGGCUUUCAGCCCUUCCUGUGCAAUCCGCAUAACCACCAUCUGCGAACCUUCUACCUCAUCACACCGGCGCUCAUCAUGAACUACAUUGACUACCGGGUCAAGCAGAAGAUGAAGAUCCACAAAAAGGACCAGACUAAGGUCUCGCUGUUCGAGGAUGGCUUCGCCAUCGGCCUGGUCUACAUUCUCAACAUGCUGAACCAGCAGACGGAGUUCCAUGAGCUAGGCUGGAGCCAAACGACCACGCAGCACCUGUACGCGGAACGCUGCAAGGUGCGCGACAUUUUGGCUGGUCAGCAGCGGUCGGCGCCGGAACAGCCGGACGAGAAGCUCUUCCAGACGGUGGCGAUAACCGAACGACAUGUGAACGCCUACGAGCAUGAAUACAAUCUGCUGUACGCCACUCUGAGUAGCUCCGAAAUAUUCUUCCAAUAAACAAAUAUCCCAUAUACCACCAAACGAAAACCGUAAUGACAACACACAAUUUAGUAGUUGGUUGCCGUUUAUUUAGAUUUAUUAAGACGAAAAUACAAUUCCGAUUCCGGUACAUAGCGUAGAACGUUGUUAUAUAUGCCAUUAGAUAAUCAGCAUUACUAUUACUAUUAUUAGUAAGCCAACAUCAAAAGAUCAAACAUUUUUCUAAGUCCCCUGA